AUGAGUGAUAACAAUAAAAUAGUAUUAUCGAAAUUGAAUUUUCGAAAAAUAUUUAAUAAAUCAAAAUCUCCAAUCGAAUAUACAUCAUAUAAAUAUCAACAUAUUCAAACGGAAUGGAUUAUUCAUCAAAGUCAUUUAAAAUAUUUAUAUAAUACAAAAAUUCGUGGUGAUUCACAAUUUGAAACUUAUCUUAUUGUAUUAACUCGAAUACCCAUUGAAACUUUCGAAUAUAAAAUUGUAUUAUAUCUAUAUUCUAAUGAAAAUAAAUCUCCAUCAUAUUUUUUUGAAAUAGAUCAAACAACACAAAUUUAUGAUCGAUGUAAUCGAAUUAUAGAACCAGCACCGAAAUAUUUUUUAUUUGAAUUAAAAUUUAUUAAUCAAGAAAAUCAAACUGAAAUAUUUGGUGCAAAAGAUAAUUUCGAACGACAAAUAUGGGUGCGAAUAUUAAAGAAUAUUUUUCCCAAAUCUAAAUCAAAAACAUUACCAGUGGAUUAUUUAUAUUUAUUACCAACACCUAGUGAAAAUGAGCAAUAUCUAAGCUGUCCAACAGCUCCGUCUGAUUUUGAAGUAUCAUCUUCUUCAAAAGCUGAACAAAUUGAACAUACUCAAUCUUCUAUUAAUGAAAAUAAAAACCAUCAGUUAUCUGGUAUUGAAUUAUGUUCAAAUGAUAACUCAAAUCCUUUUCAAGAAAAAAGACUUAUGUGGAAUAGCAUUUUUUAUCGAAAUAAAAAUAAUGAUUAUCCAAGUAUUCUUGCUAGAACUAAUGAAUAUGGUGCCUUUCUUAUUCGACCUCAAUCAAAAAAAUCAAGUACCAGUAAUCAUGAUUAUAAAAAUGAAUAUAGUUUAGCACAAAAAGAUUCAAAAAAUUUUGUCGAUAUGAUUCAUCUUUGUGAAUAUUAUAGAAUAAAUCCAUUACCGAUGUCUACAAAUAAUAAUGUUUAUCUAAAAAAUCCUUAUAAAUAUUUUAUCAAUGAAUAUAAUUUUAUUGAAUAA